CCCUAUUUAUGGUGGAAGCGAUAUAUCACACGAUUGCAGUUAAUACAGUUCGCUAUACUCAUCGGUUGUAUCUUUUGGGGUUUAAUGCAUGGAUGGCAUAGAGAUCUCGAUGGUUAUCCAUUACCUAUGAUAUUAUUGGGUGGUUUUCAGCCCUUCGUGUUCUUCUAUAUGUUUUCAAAUUGUUCACAACAUUUACUUCAUAUACGCUUCACUCAAAUGGUUAGAGUUUGGCCGCAAGUCAUGGAACCCAAGACUACCCCCGAGUAA